GAAAUAUUGCGAUAAUGUCUACCGCAAUUUAAAAUUUGCAAAGAAUGGAUGGGACCGUGGAGAUAGGAUGAGUCACCAUUUGCAGCAACCUCCUCAUGGUGUGACUUGGGAAAUUUGUAUUACUAUAUAUAACGGAGUAAAAAUGGUAGCUGGUCCUACAGAGCAUGGUAUUCAAGCCGAUGUAAUAUUUGUAAUUGAAGGAACAGCUGUUAAUGGAGCAUAUCUCAAUGAUUUAAAAACAAAUUAUCUUACUCCUACACUUGAGUAUUUUAGUCAAGGUGGUAUUGAAGAUAGAGAAUAUGUUUCCGAGCAAAAUAGUACAACAUUAUAUGGAAUAGUAGUAUAUCAUGCUGCUGAUUGUUUGCCAGCACCAUGUACAGAAACUUUUGGACCAUAUGCAAAUCCUCAUAAACUAUUACUUGUUUUAGAAAAAUUAGAAAUGGUUGGAGGAAAAGGUGAAUGUUUUGCAAAUAUUGGAGAAGGUCUUGCAACUGGGUUACAAUGUUUUGAAGACUUACAAUUACGACGUGAGCCAAAUACAGCACCACAAAAACAUUGUAUUUUGAUUUGCAAUUCUCCUCCAUAUCAAACGGUCAUACAAGAAUCAUAUAAAUUUGCUGGGCAUACUAUAGAACAAUUGGCUACACUUUAUCAAGAGAGAAACAUUAAUCUUUCAAUAUUAUCGCCUCGAAAAAUACCUGCACUAUUUAAAUUAUUUGAAAAAGCUGGAGGAGAUUUACAAUCAUCUCAAACUAAAAAUUAUGCUAAAGAUCCGCGACAUUUAGUUUUAUUACGUAAUUAUAAUUUAAAAGAAAGACCUGUUAGUCCUACGAUUGGUGGAGCUGUUCAUAAUACAUCAGGCACUGCUGCACAAAUUCCAUUAAGUCCGUUACAGAGUAACGAUAGUCCAAAUACAAAUCAAGUUCAACAGAGUAUUACACAACCAACUCAAUCUCAAGGUCCUCCAUUUAGAAAUCCAACUCCUCAAAAUAUUAGUUCAGUUCAUCAAACAGUAGUACCAAUGGCAACUGCAAUGAAUGCUGGACGGCCUCCCUAUAAUCCUCAAAUAUCUGCUCCACCGACUUAUCAUCCUACAAAUGUAACAGCAAGGCCAAGUCAUCCUAGAUGGAGACAGCACUUUGUACCACCAGGUACUACAGGUCCAACAAAUACACAAAGUAGUGCUUUAAUAGCACAAUUGAAUCAACCUCCCCCUUCAAUUGGACUUAAUGUAACUCCUUUUGGAAGAAUGGAUGUGACUAAUAUCAAUGUCAUGGCUGCUAAUGCGCAACAACAACAACAACAACAACAACAGCAACAACAACAAUUAACUCAACAACAACAGUUAAGAUUAACUCAACUACAACAAUUGCAACAACAACAACAACAGCAGCAGCAGCAACAACAACAAAAUGUCCAACAACAAGCUUCAAUGUCAAUAACAGCUCAACAAACCCAUGGACAAGCUGGACAGCUGACGGUAUCCUGUGUAAGUCAAUCAGUGCCCACUCAAGUGCCACAAACAGUUACUGCUUCUCAAACACAGGCAUCUGUAUCUUCAGUAACUCAACAGCAGCAAGUAACUAAUCCUCAAAUUUAUGGUACUGCUGGUACAGUAGGACCAGGACCACAAAUUAGUACACCACGUGAGAGACAUACUAUAUGGCAAGGUAUUAUUGAAUGGGUUGAAAAAGCUAAAACAACUGCAGAUGCACAAAAACAAACUAGACAUCUUCCAUGUCAAGUUUCCGCGAAUUCUAAGGACGGAGAUCCAGAAUUGAAAGCUGAUACAUGGCCACAAAAAUUAAUUAUGCAGUUAAUGCCUAAACAAUUGAUAGGAAAUAUUGGUGGAUCUUAUUUAAAAAAUUCUAAAUCCGUUCUGUUUCAUCCAACACCUUGUGAAGCAUUGGAAUCUUUGACAAAAGUCAUGAAUUCUGGAUUUGCGGGUUGUGUCCAUUUUACUUUUUUGCAAGCAACAACAGCUUGCGACAUAAAAAUACUUAUCCUUCUUUAUACAGCAGAAAGAAGAACAUAUCUAGGAUUCAUUCCAAAUGAUCAGACAGGUUUUGUAGAUCGCCUCCGUAAAGUGAUUCAACAACAAAAAACGUCGCACGCUUCUAUGAGACAAGGACAAGCUGGAGCUGCUCAAGGAAAUGCAAUAGCUGGUCCAAUGCCUACUACAGGUACAUCGCAAGGAGGUAUUCUUAUGUCUCAAACAAAUACUAUGGCUAUGGGAGGAGGACAAAUAACUCAGAAUGUAGUCUCCACAAAUGCUCCACAACAAACGCUAAGUUCAUCUGCUGGUCCUCAAAACCAAUUAAAUAUGCAGAGUGGUGGUAUUACUGGUCCCCAAGUGGCUCCAGCCUCUGGUACGAUGAUAGGACAACAAAGACCACCAUUUGAUGACAUAGAAAUAGCUAGGCAUCAAAAUUUAUUAAAAAUUCAACAACUACGGCAAACGUUAGAAGCUGCGCAGCAACAGGAGGCGCAAUAUAAAUCACAACUGGAAAUAAAUAUUCAACAGAAUCUAGAAGUAGCACAGCAACAGGAAAUGCAAUAUAAACAACAGUUGGAGGCUCAGCAAGCCCAAAGAGCGCUAAAUCCUGCUGGUAUGACGAAUCAACAAGCAAAUGCUCCAAGAUUGAUGAGGCCAGUUUCAAAUAUUGGUCUUAGACAUUUAUUACAACAACCACAACCGCCGUAUAGGCAAGUAAUUGGCUUACAGCAACAAAUGGUUGGUCCUAGAGGUCAGAUGACGACAAGACCUAUGGCUCCUGGAAAUCCACAAAAUCAACAAUUUGAAGAUGUUCCUAAUUAUGACGUUUUUGGAUAAAUAAUUUAAAUAAUUAUUUUAAAUGUUAUAUUGUAAAUAUUAUAUUAAAAUGAUUUUUAAGUAAAAAAAAUUUUACAAUAUUUAUGUAUAUCUAAAUUAAAAACUUAAAACAAAUAUAUUCAUUUUUAUAAAAAAAAUAAGUUAUUAAAUAAAUUAGAAUAAAUAAAAUAU